AGCGCGACGCGAGCUAUUUCACGAGAAUGUCAGGAUCAGUGGCGUGGAGGAGUGCGGAGCUGAGGGCCCUUGCGCUAGGGGCCCUGCUGGCGCUGGUUUAUGGAGGACCCAGACCCGAGCACAGGAGUGAACACGCAGAGUGGACGCAGAGAGUUCAGUAUCCCGCGGGGAACGACGCUCAGCGCGUCCAGUUUCCAUCUCUUCACGACACACAGCGCGUCCAGAUCCCUUCGGUGGACGAUCCACAGAGGUGUGCUGCUGGUUUCUAUCUGGACAGGAGUGGUCUGAUUGCUCGUUGUGUGCGCUGCUCCUGUAACGGUUUCUCUGACGAGUGUGAGGAAAACACCGGCCGGUGUCUGAAGUGCAGUGAUAAUACAGCAGGGGAUCACUGUGAGCGCUGUAGAGACGGAUAUUACUCAAACGCUGCUCAGAGGAGAUGCAGCGCGUGCCCAUGUCCUUUCAGCAACGACGGCAACAACUUUGCUCUGGGCUGCACUGAAACCGAUGGCAGACUUCUGUGUCUGUGUAAAGACGGUUACACGGGCGAAAGAUGUGAGCGAUGUGCUCCGGGAUAUUACGGCGAUCCUCUGGUUUCCGGUGGACGCUGUCGUCUGUGCAACUGUCCUGGAAACCUGUGUGACUCUAAGACUGGAGUGUGCAGGAACUCUCUGGAGCUCCGGGACACAAACACAGAAGAGCAGUGUGAAGAGUGUGAUAACUGUGCACAGACACUGCUGAAUGAUCUGGAAAAGUUUGAUACUGAGCUCAGAAGAAUUAAAGAUCAGCUGGAUCUGGACUCUCUCAGGCCUUCAUCUAAAGAGCAUCUGAGGAAGCUUGAAGAAGCCAUUGCAGCCACAAGGAAUCUGGUGAACACGUUCAGCGUCACUGUCGACAAACAGGUGCCUAAAAUUAACCAGCUGGAACAAGAUGUUACUUAUCUGACCAAAGAUAUGGACAAUCUGAAAGAACAGGUCAGAAAGCAGUCUGAGGAUGCAGGGAAAGCUCUUUCUAACGCUGAAAACAGCCACCAAAGAGCAAAGGCUCUGGACACAGAGACACAGAACCUCCUCCAAAAAAUAAAAGGGUCACAUUUAUGUACAUGAUUGGUUCCUCAGAGCUCCUGAAGCAGCUGAUGGACUCAGAGAGCAGUGGAUCCGCUCUGCCUCACGCUGAUUUAGUCAAACUCCUGGAGAAGUCUCAGAGCAUGGUGAAGGAGAU